AAACGGGCUGAAGAAAGUUGGUGACUGUCAUUUGAAUCAGCUGUGUGAGGGAGACGGGGGCGAGUGUUUUACCUUGUCAAGGACCUCCUUGAACAACAGACAUGGGUCACCUCCUCAUCCACUACCCGCACCUCCUGCUGACUGUCAGCAUGCUGGCCUGUCAGUGUCUCGCGGUCAACGGGCUGUUUGAGUGGCUGAGGCUGACAGAGGCACCUCGAGCAGCAGCGCCUCCUCAACCAGCAGCAGUGGCUCCAGCACAUCUUGCCAAAGACGCUCAGUUUGAGAUGGCAACUGCAGAUGAGAAGUUUUUAGCUGAGGCAAAGCAGAUGGAGCUCAGUCCAUUGGACAGCUGUCAUUACAGGGUGAUCGCUCGGCUAAAGUCGAGCUGUGACAGCCUCUCAGAAGAAAAGCUCGCAAAGCUCGGUGUGGAACUGUUUAACUGCCAGGCAGAGAUUGAGGGGCGCCAGACGUACCUAUGCACAGAGGAGAUGACCAUCAAAGAGUGUACAGCAGACAUGGAUUCAGAUACAUGGAACGCUUACCACAUAGUGAGCAACCGAGCACGCUCUGUUUGUUACGCAACUCGGCAGCAGCUUUUCCGGCGCAGAGCAGAGCACACAGUCAAUGCACUCAUCUCCACAGCUACCAGCCAGCUAGAUGCAAUGAAGGACCUGAAGGAGGGCCAGGUAGAGUUGAAAGAACUGACUGCAGCAUCACUGGACAAGCUGCUUGAAGGCCACAGUGCUCUGCAGGCUCAACAGGGGAAGCUGCACGAGGGCCAGGAGCAGAUGGAGAGUUCACUGAGGGACAACCUGGAGCGUCUGGGUCAGGAAAAAGCUCUCAUUGCCUCUGGACAGGAGCUGGUAGCUCAGCUCAUUCAGGGAAUUACACGAAGAAUGGAGAAUGUGAGCGAGCAUCUCCAAAUCCAGGGCUCUGAGGUGCAGGACAGCCACAAGACAAUUGUCAAGGACCUAGCAGAUGUAAGACACCAAGCUCAGGACAUCUAUCAGAAAAUUGACCACAGUAUGAUAGAGUUUCUGCAGUAUCAGGAUCAGACCUCCCAGUACUACACUGACCUGAUGAACAAGUUGGAGCGCAUGAACAGCACCCUGGGAGGCAUGCUGCACUACCUCGAUAAGAUGCAGAGCCGCAUAGAGGACAGGCUUCACAUGAUCCAGAGCUACCUCGGAUGGGCAGGUUUAAGUCUGACAGCUAUGUGGACGUGCAUCACACACACAGGCUACUUUGUACUGUGUGCAGUCCUGCUGACAUUCCUGCACUGUCCUGGUUUCUCUCGAGCCAUGCUGCUGCUAACUGUGCCUCUGAAUGCAGUGGCUGAAGUCAACCAGCAGCCAGCGCUGGAUCUCACCAGCCUCAGCCUGCUGCUGCUCACUCUGUCUCUGGGUCACUGGUUUGUGAAUCAGCUGUGGGCAUGCUUCCAGAUCACAAAAAAGCUGACCAGUCCACUGCCACUCAGCUCGUGCACCAUUGUGGAACCGCAGAAGCAGCCUUGCAACUCUUAUCCACCAUCAUCUACACCACAGAAAGAUGAAAAAGAUGACAUCAUUGAGGAAGACGACCUAUUGAAUCCGGACAGCUUUUUAUCAGGUGAACUUGGCAUAUCAGCUGUGUCUCCACCUCAGAGGAAGCUUACACCAGAGUCGAGGCUUAUGCCAGUAAUUGGUACACCAAAUCACUCCACUCCCAGGUUUAUACCAAAGCCACUUUCUUCAGCGGCUCUUCGUGACGAUAUACCCCUGAGGAACCUGGGAGGUGUUUUUGAUUCAGUCACUGACUCGCAUGAUUUAGGGAAUGAUUCACGAAGUGCAAGUCCCACUCCAUCGUUAGUCAGCAACAGCUCAGUGUCAGGCCGUCAGCUGUGCAAUGGCAUCACAAAAACAGGAAAAGCCUGUAAGAAGAGAGCCGUGGCAGGACAGGAGUACUGCAGAGUCCACGAAGGGGGGCACUCCUCAUAUGUCCAGUUUUAACAGGCUCAACAGUCCUUGUUUUCUGUAAAAACUGUAUACUGUAAUGAAAUAUUGUUUUUACUAAGUUCUGUCUGCACUGCCCAGCAAGUAAGAUUGCUGAAUGAAAACUACGUCUGUAGAUAUUUUAAAUGUUUUUAGACUUUCAUUUUGCUUUUCGUGUUUAAUAAAAAUGA